AAUAUGUUAAUAUAUAUAAAAGAGAGCCAAUGUACGUUAAAGCUAAUAUAAACAUAUAUAUUUAUAUGCAGGUGUUUUCUGGUUGGUUGGAAAAGUUCUUGUAUUCUAUGUAUGUACAUAUGUAUGUAUAUGCAAGUAGUUGGAUUCCUUCUAAUCCUAAUAUAUUUGGGUGGGGAAAUUGCGCCAAAAAUGAAAGUUGAAAAAGAAAUCGUCAACGGAAUUUUAGUUCUUAUAGAAUUUCGUCGAGAAAAGUUUAGCUCGGUCGCCAAUUCGUUUUCUAAGUGUUUUAAGUGAAUUUUAAAUAAUUUUAAUUAAAAAAUGGCUAGAGUUAGGAAGUGUCGCGUUCGCGAGUGUGAGACAGAAUCUUCCGGAAGAUUCUUCUCAUUCCCUAAAAGAGAGGAGGAGCUCCUGAAGUGGGUGGAAAAUUUACGCAUCCCACCAUCGCAGGAUUUACCCACCCACAAUGCAUUUGUUUGCAUUAAGCACUUCGAACAAAGUGCUGUGGGUGUGAAAAAGUUGAAGGCACAGGCUGUGCCCACCCUAAACCUUGGAUACGACGAACCCCCUAAGCAUUUGUGGACGACUCAAUUGCCGGUUCGAAGGUGCUGCAUUUCGAAUUGCGUUAAUAGGCAGAAAACGCUCUACAAAUUUCCUAAAGAGAAAGAUGUUCGAGAAAGUUGGGCAAAGGCUUGCAACUUAGUUGUGUCGCCUUCCGAUAGUCUUUUUAUUUGUCGUAACCAUUUCGAUUCGCAGUACGUUACCAAAUUCAAACUAUUGCCUGGGGCUUUUCCCUGUUUCAGAUUAGGUUCAGCACUAAGUCGUAGCUCAUCUAGUGCUGACUCAAUUUGGGUGUGCCCGCCCGUUUCUAAAACUUAUGGUUGUCCUGAGGUAGCUGUAGGAAGUAAAGAAGAGAAGGACGACAUAACUUUGAGGGAAUUCGAAAUAUAUUCAAUUUUAGAACAAAGGAGAUUAGAAUUAGAACCCCAAAAUGACGACGUAGGCUGCAUUAGAUAG